AUAAAAAUAAGCGUAACCUUGAGCAAAGAAAUAAGCUGAGAGGCACGAAGUCCGUUUUGUUGGUUACGGCAAACGCAUUACUAAAGUUUACUUCGUACAUUUAGUUGAGCUAUUGCUUUUGCAUCUUUUGCCACCUUGUGAUCGAUGGCUCGGGAAAGCGAUUAUAAAAUCGUUAGCGAAUAGAAGAAGUUUGGUGAUUCAACAACCGGAAAACACUUCUAUACCGGCGCCGCUUUAUUUUUCCUUUUAUAAAGUUAUAUUAUCAUGAAAAUUACAAUCAUCAAUUUCGCCGGAUAAAAAAAAAGCGAUUGUAUACGCACGGUGAACAAAAGCACAACAUAUUGUUAUUAUUAUUUAAUAAAAAUUAUACGGUGGAAAUUGAAUAUUGGUUGCAUGAGUUCUAAUAAUAGGAAUAGAAAUGGGUAAAAAGCAAUCGUUGCGGAGCAAAGCAGUCCACCUUGUUUCGGAUCUCACCACUGUUCUUCUCAACCCUAUUUCUGACCACAACAAUAACAAACCGUCUCUUUCUCCUUCCGAAGAAGAAGAAGAAGAUGAGGUGAAUGAGUUAAAGGAAAGCGAAUCAGUGGUAGACGGACCUGAUACGUCGUCGUUUACUGCAUUCCUUUAUUCAUUUUUAUCUUCCUCGUCGAUUUCUACAGAUAACAAUGCAAACGAUGACGAUGCGAUUGUUGCUGGAAGCAAUCACCUCAUGAAUGAAAAUUUGGUUGUUAAGAAGGGAUUGUUUUCUAAAAGUAAACAAUCAAUUGGUAAAGUUUUUUACCUAGCUGCUAGAAUGGGUGGAUUUCCAAGACAAGAUCGUGGUGGUAGGGAAAAUGUUGAGAAUGAUGGACAUGGUGUUGAGAUGAAACGUAUUCAGCCGUUGAAAGAUGUUUCUGGUGUGCCUUUGGUUGAUCAUCUUCCGGAAAUUGAAGAACCUUCCAUGUUGAUUUCGAAUAGUUUGAGGAAUGCGGUUUAUAAUUCGCUUCCGACUCUUAUUCAUGGGAGGAAAUGGUUAAUGUUGUACAGCACCUGGAGACAUGGGAUAUCACUUUCAACUCUUUACCGCCGAAGCAUGCUUUUUCCGGGACCGAGUUUGCUGGUUGUUGGAGACCGGAAAGGAGCAGUGUUCGGUGGCUUGGUUGAAGCACCCCUUCGACCAUCCAACAAGAGAAAAUACCAGGGAACAAACAGUACAUUUGUUUUCACAAAUAUCUCCGGUCAACCGGUUGUAUAUCGCCCAACAGGAGUAAACCGCUACUUCACACUUUGCACCACCGACUCUCUAGCAGUUGGUGGUGGAGGUCAUUUUGCGCUUUAUUUGGACGGUGAUCUAUUGAAUGGGUCUAGCUCCGUCUCUGAAACUUACGACAAUCCUUGCUUAGCACAUUCUCAAGAAUUUCAAGUGAAGGAAGUAGAGUUGUGGGGCUUUGUAUUUCCUUCAAAAUAUGAGGAAAUAAUGAAAUUGAGCAAAACAGAGACACCUGGGAUCUGUAGCUGGUAAAUACCUAUGACUAUGUAUCAAAUUAUUAGUCAAAGUCUUGCAGUUUGCAUUUUACCAAAUAAUCAGGCUGAGUCUCAAGCCUGACAAUUUCUGCUAGUAUGGGAUACAAAGUUAAUAGACAGUAUGAAGCAGAAAUUGUACGAAUCCCCCCAUGUUAUCACCAUGUAACAUGCUUGUAAAUAUUUGCAAGGAUGUAUAUACAGAGUUCAUUCCUGAUAAUUACAAAACGGCCUAUUUUGUGUAGACUACAAAUUGGAGCAAAUUUAUGUGCUGGCAUACUUAAGCAGUUAAAGGAAAACGAAGGAUAACUAGUUCUAUGGCCCAAGUAGAUAAUCUGAGGUUAGCAAUCCUUCUAAUCGAGCUUAGAACGGGAGUGCUUUAGAAGUUGAUAUCUUUAGCAAAUAUGUUUAGAAGAAUCUUCUGGUAAGGUGGGGUAUUUCUAUAUCUGUUGCUUCCUCAUAUGCUGCUCCAUGAACACCAUGAGGCAAGACACGAGCGGUUGGAUUUUUUUUUGACCAUGUUCCUCUCAUUCCAGAGUUUGUGUAUUUAGAUUUUGGUUUGGAAGGGGUUCAAAUUGGCCUAUCUUGUGUCUUCUAAACUAAUAUUCAAACAUUCUCUUAGCAAUCUGUAUGCCACACUAGGACCUCCUGGAACUGUUGAACCAUUUAUGUUCUGCUCAAGUGGCUAAACAUAAUGAGAGGCAGUUGAGUCAGGUUGUUAAAGUUUGUUAACAACUCAGUUCUUUGUGCUCAAAUAAAACCCUCUCAGUAUGAUCUCACCAUUUAUGUUUUUGGUCCUUCAAGUAUUUUUUGUUUUUGUUGUAAAACACUGUCUUAAAUUAUUCUUAUUUAAAAUGAGAAAAAUUACAUAAGGU